AUGGUGAAGUCCAUAUGGAUUAGGUCAAAGGAAUAUUGGGAUGCAGACAUCCCUAAAUACGCUGAUGGUGAGUUGUUUACAGUAACUAUAUGGUGUGGUGGAACAUUUCAAACAGAAGGUUUUGUGUGUUAUCAAGGAGGGUCUAAAAUGACAUUUGAUUUUGUUUAUAUGAGGUCCUUGAAUAAUUCCACAUUGAAGAAAAUGUCUGACAAAUUUGGUGUUGUUGGUAGUAGGAAGUACUUCUUAUUGAUUGGUUUGGCUUUCAAGCCACUGCUUGAUGAUGAAGACAUUAAAAUAAGGGCUUUAUAUUAUAAAUAUCGUUGUAGAGAAAUGACUUUGUAUGUUGAAAAUGAAGUUUGUCCAUGGAUGGGGGAUGGAUUAAUUUUGACUCUGAUUCUGAGAGUGGGAGUGAGUCUGAGAGUCGUUCUGAGAGUGGUUCGGAGGGUGGUUCUGAGAGUGGUUAGUGGUUCUGAGAGUGAAAAAAGUAAAAAUGAGAGUGGGAAGGGCAAUGGUUCUGAGAGUGGGAAGGGCGGUGUUUGUGAGAAUGAACAGAGUGAACAAGAGAGGCAAAAAGAUGAGGAUGAUUUUCUUGAUAGUGAUUAUGAUUUUAGAAAUAGUAGCAGUGAUGAUGAUGAUGAUGCAUUGUUUAGUGAGAAUGUGGAUGCAGGGGCUAGUGGGGGGGAAGAUGGUGAUUCUAGUACUGAUAGUGAUGAUGAUGUGGUUGAG